CAGGUCAGGAGCUGCCGUUGCCAUGGCAAUGUGAAAAUCUGCCCAGAAUUUGGCUUCUACAUGGCUUCAAAGAACUGCAAAUUAUGAGAAAACCGUUACUUCUUUUCAAAAACCGAAAAGACCGUGACAGACACCGAAGCCAGAAGUUUCUUAUUUUAUUCAGAUAAUCCUUAACAUGAGUGAGUAAGCUCAGUGCGAAGACAGAGUGAGAUUCUUUUGAAAAAAAAAAAGUCAAAGUUACAUUUUAUGAAUCCCAACAGCUAUGUCUACAUUUUGAGAAAGAAUUAUUUGUCUCCUUUUUACGGUUUGGCCGUGAGUUCGAGUUAAAAAUAAAAAUAAAGGUUGUUGACGCUGUCACUCUAACUUUGAAGAAAAAGUGAUUCCCACUCCUCCUUUGAGUGCUCAUAGUUUGAAAAGUUUACAUGUUAUGUAAAAACAGUUCCUGUGUUUUUGAGAGAGCAGAAGUUUUCCUCCGUUUUAUAGUUUGAAUCACAUUUCUACGUGCAGGUAUGAGAGAGCUGGGUGACUCAGAAAAAAGGUGAAAUUUUGUAGAAAAAAGGUGAAAUUUUGUUGAAAAAAGGUGAAAUUUUGUGGGUUUCUAAAGAAAAUUCCAAUGCAUUAUUUAUUCCCAGUAUUUUGGGAAUAACUUUGGGAAAAAUUGGAAUUUUAACACCAAAAGUCAUAGCACCUCUUUCGGGAUCAAGACGCACGUUUUGAUGUAUAUAUUACCGGGGUUUUCUCAAAGCUGCGGGACGAGUUACGUACCAAAAUUUGGCGGAAGAAUAAUAAUAAGCCCGAAGGAAUAUUAAUAGAUGCUCCGCCCCGAGGCACUCCUCUCAGCUAUUCUAGCUGUAAAGGAGUGCCUCGGAGGCACUAAUUAGACUAUAAUUAUCAUACUUAAAAUACAUGGUCCAAAAUGAUGCCAUUUGAUUUUAUGUCAAAGCAUAAUUCUUUGAACAAUGAUUUAUAUGCUUUUCUAAAAACUUACUCUGUGAAUCAAAAUCUAGGUGGGGUCCUCAACAUCUCUCUGAAUUUUGAUGGAAGAAUUAGGCCAAAUUAUUGCCACACAAAUACAUUAAUACACUCAUCAACAUAUAGAGUGUAUUGUUUUAUCUGACUUAAUUUGUUUUCACGUUGUAAUUGAAUACACUCAUGCGAUUUAAUGCACUUAAUUUAUUUAUUAUGUUUGAUUAUCAUUAUUUUUUUAUUAUCACGAUUAGAUAUUUUUAUGCUUGAAAUGAACAUCAUCUAAUUUUGUAACAUGACUUGAACAUUGUCUGUUUUGUUUUAAGUGGGACUUUUGUGCACUGAUGAUGUUAGGUUCAUUUUAUAAAAUCAAAACACUGUAUCUUUCAUAUAGCUCAGUUGAGUAUUUAAUACUGAGAUGAUUCCGUAUCAUUUAUUUGUAUUUUCUAUCAAUAUUUUUUAUUACAGUAUGAUGAAUUUGAAGUAUAUUUGAGAAAAUCUUGGUACUGGCAUAUUAACUUCUUGGUUUUAUAGCCAGUAAGGAUAUACAAGAUUAAAAAUGCAUUUUUAUGAUAUGAAUAUGAUAUAAUAACUAAACAUCAUAUUUUUCCAUUUCAUACUGUGAGCAAAAGCAAGCUCAUUUGUCCCAGUUGUCUGCAGGGAAGAUGGUGUAACAGGUGUUGGUAGGACCAAUUGCCGCACAAGUCACCAGAACAAUCUGGCAAUGAGUGAAAGAACCAGGGAUGCAUAUAUACUGGCUUAAUGAGUGAUGAGAUGCAGCUGGGAACCGAAGGUGGAGCUGAUGAGGUAAGUGUGGCCGGCCAGUGGGAGUGAGACGGAGGCGGGGCAGAUGGAAAAUUACUGGAGGUGAAGGCCGCGCAGGCUGUGACAGGUGGACCUAUUAUUCACACUGAAAUACUCUCUCCUUGUCACACCACACCAGGAAUGUGUCAAACCAAAUCUACAUGUGAAAACAGAUAUAGGAUAUUAUGCUUUUCUGGAUAAUGACUACAUCAUGUAUUAACCCAUGUAAGCUUAAAACAUUUUUACUGCACUGGCCAAUCAUUGCGGUUUUUGUUUUUGUGUGCACACCCACUGUUUUUUUUCUGCUCAACAUUGUGAUGUUCUGAUGAACUACACAAUCACAAUAUUGGACACUGUUAUAUUAUAAACCCACUGUUAUAUAAUAUAUUGUUAAACUGGACCAGAUGGUCAGGCUCCUGUGUUGCACAAAGUAAAGUUGGGUGUGAUCAGUGAGGGGAGUGCCUUAAAAAAAUAAGGCACUCCCGUCACAAAGGUAUCAGUUUCCCCCUCCCAUAUGUCUGCAUUCACAGUUUCCUCAUUUCUGAUAGCACUCCCCUUACGGAUUCUGUAGAAAUAGGAAGUCAACUGCAGUGCAGGAUACUUAUCAGUGACACCCCAGACACAACAUUUACUGCAGGCAGAAAUACCCUCAAAUUUGAUCAACUCAACAAGGAACAAGCCUGUCUUGCGUGCUGCAACAUUGUAAUGGUUAGCCCUCCAAGGAUAGACUAUCUGUAUAAGAACAGACGCAGUAGACGGAAUCACAGGGAUGUCUACACCUUUCAAGAGGCAUGUAUGGACAAGUUUUAGUACCUAGGAUGUAUCCCGGAUUUACUGUUAAGGGUGUGGCUGUGGAUGGUUUUCUGCUGGAUGGCUUCUGCUGUUCUUUUUUGCUGAAGGGCUGUGAAUAACCUGCCACUCUGCCACGUUUAACUGGACUCUACAGGAAAUUCAGCACUGUCAGUCACAUGCCAGUGGGGGGCACAGUUUGACAACAUAUAUAACAACAUAUAUAAAAGGAAGUACUGUUAUUGCUUUAUUAUUCAUAGUUGUAAUGCUACUGAGAACAUUCAGCCAAUAAUUAAGUAAUUUUCCUUUCAACACUUGUUUGUGUUUUGUUUGUCUUUGUAUAUAAAUGAACAUCAUUCUAAAAGUACUCAGAGAUAACAUACAAAUUAUAGUAACUAAUAGUAUUGGCAACAUAUAUUGACACACAAGACUACACUUUUAACUAUAUAAGUCACUAGAUAGUGGCUAACGGAAGAGGAAACACACAAAAAAAUAUCAUGAAUUGUCAACAACAGGUGCGAGUCCCAAUCUGAUCAAGGAAGCUGCUCAAAGAAAAGAAAAACCUGUCCAGUUGCUCGUGUUUGGGAAACCUUGGAUUUGCAAAGAGAAAUGCAGGUAGCAGAGCCACACCAGAGCUGUUGAGUUUACAGUACGCAUCUUCACGGGCAGCAAAAAUGCUGAAAAAAUUCUUACAGUUAGUGGUACUUUUUGCUUUCCUCAGUCUAGCAUGUUCUGUUGUGCUGUUGUUGUACAGGAAAAAAAGAACUUUAACUUACAUUUUCAACAAAGAGGAAAGUAGAAAUGAGGUACUUUCCCAGUUGGAAAAAGAACGUGUUCAAGAGCUGUGGGAAUUGAAGGAUAAACCCCCUAAAGCCAGCGAAGAGAAGACACAGAACGAAACUUUGAAACUCUGCCCCGACUACCCUCCAAAACUUGUGGGUCCUCUUUUGGUGGAGUUUAAUUAUAAACGAACUAUGGAGGAGUUGAGACAGGACCUCAGUUCUCUUGUUCAGCUGGGAGGACGCUACAAGCCACCAGAAUGUAUCACCAAACAUAAGGUGGCAAUCAUCAUCCCAUUCCGAAAUCGACAUGAGCACCUAAAGCACUGGCUGUACUACCUCCAUCCUAUACUGAUGCGUCAACAGUUGGACUACGGUGUAUAUGUCAUCAACCAGGAUGGAGAGGGAGUGUUCAACCGGGCUAAACUGCUAAAUGUAGGCUUUGCUGAAGCACUGAAGGAGUAUGAUUAUGAGUGCUUUGUCUUCUCUGAUGUAGACCUGGUUCCCAUGGAUGACCGUAACCUUUAUAGAUGUUUUGACAAUCCCCGACACCUGGCUGUGGCUAUGGACAAAUUUGGCUUCCGGUUACCCUAUAAUACCUACUUUGGUGGAGUUGCCUCAUUGUCCAAGGACAAAUUCUUAAAGAUUAAUGGCUUCCCAAACACUUACUGGGGCUGGGGUGGUGAGGACGAUGAUAUCUAUAGCCGAAUUACCUACCGUGGAAUGUCCGUUUCUCGGCCGGACUUGGUGAGAGGAAAGUACAGAAUGAUCAGACAUGAAAGAGACUUGCACAAUGAACCUAAUCCAGUGAAUCCUGACAAACUGCACCAAACCCAGUGGACUAUGGAUGUAGAUGGGAUUAAUACCCUUAAAUACACAGUUAAGGAGAUUGUGAAGAAUACACUGUAUACUUUUAUCACUGUGGAUAUUCAAGCUCCACUAAAAUGAAUGAGGAUGAAGCCUGUAGAUCCUGAACUGGUGUUGACUACUGAUUCAUCUGCGUCUCAAUCUCAGGAUUCAAACAAAAAGUGGGUUGUACCCUAUUUUGUCUUGGUUAAUUAAUCUAGACCAGAUAUAUGUAUUUGUGUAAGGUUAAUUAUGCAUACCUGUUGGCAUAUGUGUGUGUUCUGUGCAGUCCAUACUGACGUGAUGAUUGUGUCUAUAUUUUGUGAAUUUUACAAUUUUUUUUUUUAAAUGUGCAUAGGCACUGAACAACUGUACUGAAAUGUAUGACCACAGUGGCCCAACAAUUGCCAAUCACAGAACGACUAAUAAAAUACAUUAAUUGUGCAUUUGCUCAGUGAAUCUGGGCAUGCAAGCUGCACUAUCAAUAACGAGUGUGUGUGUGUGUGUGUGUUUGUGUGUGUGUGUGUGUGUGUGUGUGUGUGUUUAUUUGUAUAAAUCUUUUACUGCACCAGUUCAGCUCCAAUCACAUCUCUGUGAGCAUAGAGACCCAACACUCUCCCAUCCUCUUUCCUGCCCAGCCCCCUUUUUUCAUUGGUUGACCUAGUGGAGUUACUAUGGGAACGACUGUAGAGAGGCUGCCAUGCAGAAUAUGGGGUACAGCCUGUGAAUGGUGCUCAAGGCUCCAUCAUACACACACACAUGCACAUUUAUCAAGGCAAGAAAACUCUACCUACAAUUAAGAUUAUUAUUGUUUUUUAGAAAUAUUAUGACCUGAGUUUUCCACCAGUAGCAUCUGUAAUUUAAGGGGUUCUUCUUUGGAGGGUUUAUUUAAUUGGGCUUUCUCUUUUUUCAACAUAAAGUGUGUUGCUAUGGUUUAUUUCCAUAUUAUCUUCUAUAAUAGAUAACUUGACUGCUGUACUACUGUGCUUUAGGCCUAUGGUAAACAAUAAAUACCUCAUAAUUUUAUCAUCUUUUUAACCAAGAAAUUAAUAUGAUAGUUUAAGUCAAUGAAAUGUCAAAGUUUUAAGGAGCUGUAGUUGAAUAGUAACACAAUAUAGCUUUGUUAAAAUAACAAACAACAAUAUUUUCCCUGACUUAAACAGCAGCAGAUACCAAUUUAACUUAGAGUAUGGACUAAACAAUCUUAGAAUCAUGAUUUAGCUUUUCAUAAAGACUGCUGAAAGAAACUAGCUAGUUACAAUACACUGAUAGUUGAUUAUGUACAAAAUAGUAUAUAAUUCUGAUAAUAAUAAUGUAAGUAAAAGGUCAUGUAAAUGUUAUCUAAUGUAAAUAUAAGCACUCACACACAUUAUACCAUUUUUACCCUAUUAAAGACAGGCUUUGUAAUAUUUGAACAAAUUAAAUUACAUUAAAUUAAAAGUUUAGGCAAAAAAACAUCAAUGCACCCGAGUUUUCCUCCUACUGCUGUGUAGGACUGUAACUGUAGUGUAUGGUGGUUUAUGUUAUAAAACUUUAAAUAGAUAUUGCUCUGUAACUGACCUUAGCAAGUCAGUGUGCUGACUUAAUGUCUCUUCUUGUGCCUCUAUUACACUACGUUUUAGCAUACCAUUUCCUCAUUAUUGCUGUUCAUCAAAAGUUGCAUAGCUAGUCAAAAGCUUCAUUUGAGAGAACUGAAGCCAGACAAACCCAUAGUCACAUCUCAAGGAAUGUUGUUCGUUCAGUUUUUUUUCUUUGCAUUUGGUCUUCAUUUCCUUUCUGUCUUUGGUGGUUUGUACAAGAACUCUGUUGUUCUAGCAAACUAAACGCUCCCUGUCAUGGACUCUUGCCAGAUUUAUGCACCAAAACAAACACACACAGUGAUGAACAUGGCUAACAAUGAGUGUCUACAUCCAGCACCGAAGCAGCAGCAGAUUAAUGAUGAGAUCAGCACACACACACACAUGCGCACAUCAGCACACACCAUUCUCACUGUCAGCAUCACUAGCUUUCAUCUGGUAGGCUGGCAAAAGUGAGUGUUAUGGUCUUACAUAAGGCCUCAGCGUGCAGAAACAGAGAGAGAGAGGGCGCUGGGGGGGGGGGGGGGGGGGCGGUUGCUGCACCAUUACAAAGGGGAUUCGCACUGCACCAAAUCCUCCUCCCACUACACAUGCAUGCGCACCCACAACACAACAACAUAUGAUCUUUUUCUAGCAACAUGUGUCUUCCUCGUAACAAUGGGAACACUCCCUUUCAUCAAUAUUCUGGACACACAGACACACACACAGGCUCCAUAUUCACAUGAAUCAGCUCUGCCUCAGCUGGCUCUCUUUGUUAUCAUGCUGGCUGUUUGUCCCCACCGCUACAUGUCUUUCCCCAGGAGAGACAAACAGCAAACAAUGACACAUCCAUCUGGCUUUCAUUUCAGCAAUCAAUAAAAUGUAUUGAUAACCUAUAACUCAUAAGCCAAGCAGACCUCUUUGCAAGUUCGACACCAAAACAAAAAUGCCACACACUGCACAUCAACAAAAAGCAUCUCUGUUUCUCACCAUCUCUCCCAUCCAACCUACCCCUUGGGGAUUUAAGCCACCAGGACGUGGAGG